AUGAAGCGAGAUGAUUUGCAAGGAGUUCGAGGACUCGCAAUCGGAGCAGUUGUAGCAUUUCACUUUUUCCCAGAAAGCUUUCCAAAUGGAUAUAUUGGAGUUGACAUAUUUUUUGUGUUGUCCGGCUUCCUUAUGGCAAUGAUAAUUGGCACAAAACCAAUCACUUGCGAUUCAGUGUAUCAAUUUUAUUUUCGUAGGUCAAAACGAAUUUUGCCUCUAUAUUUAUUCAUAGUUUUUGUUGGUGUUAUCCUAGUUUUCGUUCUUUUCCCGAAAACUUUUCUCUCGAUGAACAUGGAUUCCGCGUGGAGCUCGAUAUUUUUGUACCAUAACAUGGCACAGCAUUCGGACAAUAACAUGUAUUUUAAGAUGCUAAAUCAAGCAGAAGACAUCUUCACACACACCUGGUCAUUGUGUGUCGAGAUGCAGUUUUACAUUCUUGCGCCUGCAAUAUUUUUUGUAUUUUCACAAUGCACAACUGGAACAUCCCUUGCUUUGUAUCACAUAAUAUUCAUUUUCACAUCCCUCGGAACCUAUUUAUUUUCCUCCGAUCAAAUUGCGUUUAACAGUGUAUUUUGCCGAGUAUGGCAAUUUUUAAUUGGUUCCGCGGUAUUCUUCUAUUCCCAAAAAAAAUGUGAACAAAGCUGUUCGGUAAAUUCGAUCGAAUAUUCAAAAUUGCCAGAAAACGAGAUGGAAGAACAAAUACCACAAGAAAACAAAAGUUAUCUAAACCGAUAUAGCAUUGUUUUAUUCAUUGCUCUUCUAACUAUUGUGUGCAUGGUAUUUUCACCGUGGCCAUUUCCCGGGGACAUUUUGAGAGUGACGAGUACAAUUGUAACAGGAGUGCUCAUUUUAUCUGGAGCACAAAGUGACAAAAAUCCUUUGAGAACUGGUGCAUUAGUGUACCUUGGAGACGUUUCGUAUAGUUUAUAUCUCAUUCAUUGGCCAGUUUUCGUGUAUGUGAAGCAUUACUACGGAGAACAAUUUUUAGUAUAUUUUCUGGCGAUUAUUUUCUCUACUCUCCUUGCAAUCAUAAUGUCGGAAACCUACGAGAAAUGGUACCUAAGCAUAGGAAAGUUCGAAAUUCUGUCUCUUAUUGGUAUUUUGUACAUGCUGGUUAUUGCGAUUGUUGUCAAUAUCAAGGGAAUUUCUACUUUUGUGGAAAGGGUCAGAUUCGGAGAGGAAGACACAAUGGUGUCCAACUUUACAACCAAUUUUGGCAACAUAACAAUAAAACAAGCUAUUGCGUUAAAUAGAAAAUGGGCUAGAGACGAAUACAAGUACCUUAUCAUACCGAAUUGCUACCCAAAUGUUUCUGAGCAUGGACUAUGUGAAUUUGAGAAAUAUCAACUGACAGGAAAUAUGAGUGUGUUUAUAGUUGGUAACAGUUUAGCAGCGAAUCUAGGCUCACUUGUUUAUUCGACGUUCAAAAACCAUGCCAAGUCAAUGUUCAAGUACAGUAAUUCAUUUUGUGAAGUUUUGACCAUUGCCAAUGAGGAUCUAUGUCGUAAAUCGAUUAAAGCAUACGAGGAUGAAGUUUCAAAAAAACAGCCGGAUGUAUUAUUUAUUAUUGAUAAGCACUCUAAAUUGUUAAGCCCACUGACGAUUCCUAUUGAAAAUGAUCAAAUUUUCAAAGAAGCCUUGGCAACCCUGAAGAAAUAUGAAAAAAUUGUGAAAAAAAAGAUUUAUAUGGUAGUAUCUUAUGUGCCCCCACUGGACUAUAAACUAACGAAACUUGCAAACUAUUUGGAUGAUGGGAAAAAUGUCACCCAAAAUGUUUUUACUACUAAUUUCAUUUAUCUCAAUGGACUGAAAAGACAGGGAGAACUCGUGAAAAGAUGCUCAAAAUGCCAACUCAUUUAUAUUUCGGAUGUCUUAUACAAUGGAAACAAAACAAAAAAUUUUGAUGAUACAACCAAACUUGGGUAUUACUUCGAUGGAUUUCAUAUUACUCCAUUUGCUCGUAACCUCAUUAAACCUGUGUUUCAAAAACUUUCAGAUUCAUUUAUAGAUUGAUAAAAAAUUUGUAUCCUUAGAAGUGGAGUUUUCCGUCUUCAAAUAAAAGUACU